AUGACUUCAAGGACAUGCGAUCUCUUUAAUGUGUGCUUGGUAGAGAAACCCGAGGGCUUCCAUAGACGUCUUGGCAACACAAGUCCCUCCAAAAAGGUUACGGGGAAUGGUCGUAUGGCGCGACUGAUCAUAGCAACGCUGGCCGUGCUGUGCGGCCUUGCCAGUGGCCAGGGCGACCGCGGAGCCCAGAGUGUGAGCGCUCCGUUCCCCAACGCCCCCCCUCCCCCACAGCCGCGUCCGAUCCCCGGGAGCACUCCAGACUCGCUCCCACCAGAAUUUAGGUGCUCGUCAGCGUUCUCCGUGCGCAAGGCCACCCGAAGCUCGUCGACGGUGCGAAACGGCUUCUCCAGCCGUGUCAGGUUCCAGGACGUGUUGACCGCCGAGGGAGGCUGGUCGCCCUCGGAUAGCGACUUCCAGGCUCCCUGCAGGGGCCUCUACUACUUCUCCUUCCACGGCGUGGCUCAAGACGGAGGCGACUUUACGUUGGCCCUGAUGAAGAACGGCCAGUACCAGGUGACAGCUUAUGGCGGGAGGGGCAACUACCAGCAGGGUUCCAACUCGGCCCUUCUCCUGUUGAACAAGGGCGACCUGGUCCACCUCGAGCUGCAGCAGGGAAGCCUCUACGAGCACCCGAACAACGAGGCUUACGUGUCCUUCAGCGGCUUCCUCGUCAAGGCUUAUUAGGACCAGUGCACGAAGGACCUUCUAAGAAUAGGACUGUUGUAUUGGGGUUUUCCCAUUUUACACUGAAAUGGCACUUGUACUCUCCAUCUAUGUCUUUACCUCGACGGUAAGGAGGGAAAUAACUUCCUGACUGCAGGUUUCGAUGC